GGGGUAAGAUGGCGGAGUAGCCGCGGGCCGGCGUGGCUUGCGCUCUCCUUGCCGCGUCCCCUUGCAGGAGGCGGGUGGAUCCCAGCGCCGCAGCGGGCCGCGGUGCGAGGCGGAGCGGGGAGCAGGAGGAGGGGAAGGAGGAAGGCAGCGCUCCCGCCGCCGCAGCCGCCGCCAUGCCCAACAUCAAGAUCUUCAGCGGGAGCUCGCACCAGGACCUGUCGCAGAAGAUCGCCGACCGCCUGGGCCUGGAGCUGGGCAAGGUGGUGACCAAGAAGUUCAGCAACCAGGAGACAUGUGUGGAAAUAGGCGAGAGCGUACGUGGGGAGGACGUCUACAUUGUGCAGAGUGGCUGUGGGGAAAUCAAUGACAAUCUGAUGGAGCUCCUUAUCAUGAUAAAUGCAUGCAAGAUUGCCUCAGCCAGCAGAGUCACAGCUGUCAUCCCUUGCUUCCCUUACGCUCGGCAGGACAAAAAGGACAAGAGCCGAGCCCCGAUCUCUGCCAAGCUGGUUGCAAACAUGCUGUCUGUGGCAGGAGCAGAUCACAUAAUCACAAUGGACCUGCAUGCAUCUCAGAUUCAGGGCUUUUUUGACAUCCCUGUUGAUAACUUGUAUGCUGAACCUGCUGUACUGAAAUGGAUCAAAGAGAAUAUUCCUGAGUGGAAGAACUGCACCAUUGUUUCACCAGAUGCUGGUGGAGCCAAGAGAGUGACCUCCAUUGCAGAUCGAUUGAAUGUAGACUUUGCCCUCAUUCACAAGGAGCGCAAGAAAGCCAACGAGGUGGACCGCAUGGUGCUGGUGGGUGAUGUGAAGGACAGGGUGGCCAUUCUGGUGGACGAUAUGGCAGACACGUGUGGCACCAUCUGUCACGCUGCAGACAAGCUCGUGUCAGCCGGAGCCACCAAAGUUUAUGCCAUCUUAACUCAUGGGAUCUUCUCUGGGCCGGCGAUUUCUCGGAUCAACAAUGCCUGUUUUGAGGCAGUGGUAGUCACAAACACAAUCCCCCAGGAGGACAAGAUGAAGCAGUGCCCUAAAAUCCAGCAGACCUGUUACACCUAUGAAAGGCACCUGCUUAUCCAGGUGAUUGACAUCUCAAUGAUCCUUGCGGAAGCCAUCAGGAGGACUCAUAAUGGGGAAUCUGUCUCCUACCUAUUCAGCCAUGUCCCUUUAUAACAACCGAUGCCAGCUUCUGCUUGUAUGGCUUUUCUUUUUUUUUUAAACCAAAAGUUGUUCAGCUUGUUGUAAAGUCCAGUAGAAGACUCUGCUUGUUCCAGUGCAGUUCUCCACAGCUCCUCCUGCUUUAAGUCAGGCUUACUGGCUCUGACCCCAGCACUGGGAGGCUGGGGCGUAAAGCUCAUCUCUGUAACACUCCAGCUCUGCCAGCAACCCUGUGCAUGGGGGCUCAUCAGUAGGAUUGGCUCAAUACUGCAGAUCUGUGGAGAGCAGGACUGACACAUGGCACGUUGCCACAAUUAUUUUUGGAGGGGGGGGGGGUGGGGAGAGGGUUUGUCUGCGGGCAGGGUUAGAUGACCUGGUGUGCACACCCUGAAUUGUUUGGGAAGUAGAUCUCCCUAGGACACGUGGGUCUGGAUGUACAACAGGAGCCCGAGAGACUGCUGUCUUAUUGCUCACACCUGCCAGCUCUUGAAGAGGGAUGAGGAAGGCCUGUGUCUUGGCCAAGCUUUGACAAUAGCUGAAGCCCUGGGGACACCUAAGAAGUGUUUCACACCUGGGAGUGGUUCAGCUACACCUUCCUCUUGCUAAAGGAGGUAGGCGUAACUUGCAGACUUGAAUUCCCCCUAAUUGCUGAAGAAAUGUCCUUUAAUGUGCUGCACAACAGAAUGCUGAGAGCAUGGUCUGCAGUACUGCCUUGCUGUUGGGUUAACUUAGUGGUGAAGGUGCUCCUUGGGCAAGUAUUCUUCCCCCUCUUAUGCAGAGGACAUCUGCUGGUUGUGGGCUAUAGGUUUUAGGGUAGGUUAAAACCAGUUCCUCCAUUUCACAAGUUCCCAUUAGCCUUGCUGCUGACUGGAGGACUGUGUAGUGUGCUGUGGCUGCACCUGGACAUGCUGUACACAUGUACCUUGGUCUGCUUUCACCAGUACUAUGGUAACUGAGCCCCUCCAUCCCACAGAAGCUUGGCUUCUGGCAAUGGAUUGAAGGGGCUCGUGUUACACAGCACUGGGAAAACUGCAGAUCCAAAACCAACCUGAUGGGCAGCAAGGUGCCCAGAAGAGAACUACCAAAACUAGAGUUAGCUGAGGCUCUUGGGUGUAAAACCAAUAUCAUCCAAAACUUGAACACAUAGUAACUGUACCAGACAAUCUUAAUAUGUUACGUCUCUCCUGGACUCUUAUGGUGUUACAGGCCAAGCUGUUUUAUGCUCUGGUUUUUAUAAGCACUCCUCCUUGGUUUGUUUGUGAGAUGGGGAAGGGAAAAGGGAAAAGAAGGAACUCGAGAUGACUUGCUGGGGUAACUAGCAUGGCACGGGGGGGCUGGGCUGUAAGUGGAACGAACCGCAAAGAGGUGGUCGAGAUCUGGGAAGUACUGCUUCAGUUGUGCCUUUUAAUGAGAACUUCUCCCCUCUCCCAUCCUAGAAUCCCUGUCCCGUGGCAAUGUUAACACUUCCAUUACAGUGUAGGGUUGUUUUUUAUUUUGUAUAAGAAUUGGUGUUUGUCUGGAAAGUGCGUCCCCUCGCUUUGCUUUGCAUCCUGCACUGAGCUGUGCCGAGAGCCCAAUUCAAUUCCUGCCUCCUGCUUUGGAGCCCCGCUGCUGCACUGCCAACGCCUCGAGAGCUGAGAGCCACAGGACGUCAGAGCAGCAGCGUGAGGAUUCGCAGCAGCAUUUGUGUUUAAAUAUGUGACCUGAUGAAGGAAUUAAACUUUUAUUUAAAAAAAAAAAACCACCAACCCAA